AUGGGUCAUAAGGCUGUAAAACUAAAUAGAAGUCGUCAACAAGAUGAAGAUGGACUGUUCAUUUCGAAACCAUCAAGCCGAUGUAGCUCAUUAAAUGAAAAACAAACCGAUCCAUUUAUGUUAAUUUGGUUGGAUGAAAAAUCAAAUGAAAAUACACUUGAUACUCUUCGUACAAAAACUUUAUUUCGACAAAUCAACAAUGAUCUUUGCUUAUUUUUCGAUAAUCCCAAUAUAUUUCUUCAUGAAAUUGAGAAACUGCAUCACGAAAAUAAAAAAAUUCUUCUUGUCGUAUCUGGAUCAUUAGCUAAGAUGAUUCUAUCAAGAACAGUGGACACUAUUGCAACAAUUAUAAUAUUCUGUAGUAACUAUAACAAAUACGCAGAAUUAAUGAGUAAAUAUUGGAACGUGAUAGAUAUUUGCACUGAUCAUGAAAUGCUUAAAAGUUGUAUACAAUGCGAGAUCCCUUCGUUGAAACUCAAUUUAUUUAUCAAUCAGACUUUUAGAUCAAUUAGACCAUUGAAUUCUUCAAAAGAUUCUUAUGAGACCAACGCAGCUCAGUUCUCUUAUCUUCUGUUUAUCGAAUUACUGAAACAAAUGUCACAAACGAAACAAGCCAAAGAAAUUAUGUUAAAUAAAUGUAAAGAUUAUUAUCGCCACGAUAAGAAAGAACUCAAAAAAAUCGAUUUAUUUAAUUCGACAUAUACAGCUGAUAAAGCGAUCGAUUGGUAUACCGAAGAUUGUUUUGUUUAUCGUUUAGUUAAUCAAGCAUUUCGUACAGAGGAUAUCACUUUGUGGUACCUAUUUCGAUUCUUUAUUAUCGAUCUUUGCACUCAAUUGAAGAAUGUUCACAGAAAACAAAAUAUUCAAGACUAUUUAACACUUUAUCGUGGUCAAGCACGAAUGCCAACACAAGACUUAGAAAGCAUACGCUCCAAUAUUGGUAGUUGCAUUUUAACGAAUGGUUAUCUUUCAACAAGUAAACAAAUCAACGUUGCUCGACAGUUCAUUCUAGAUGCAGAAAAUAACGACGAUUUUAAGGUUGUCAUGUUUGAAAUUAAUGUGAAUGCAUCUCAAUUAAAAAGCGUUAUUUUUGUUGAUAUUGAUCAAUACCAAGGAAGAAAUGAAGAACAUGAAAUAUUGUUCAAUAUUGGAUCAGUUUUUAAAAUUCAGAAUGUUGAAUUUGAUUUCGAAUUAAAUAUCUGGAAAAUUCAAAUGGAAGCAACGGACGAAUGUAUAGAUGAAAUAGAACGUAGAAUCGAUACAAUGCGAAAAAAAUUUCAAAACGGAAAUAUUAAUUUAUUAUUUGGUCGUUUAUUAAUUGAUAUGUAUCAAUAUACUAAGGCCGAAUCUUACUUUCAAAUGAUGUUAAAAGUCUUGCCAAAAGAUCAUGAAGAUUUAGCCUCCGUAUACGAUCAUAUUGGGGAUGUGAACAUGCGCAUGAACAAUUGGAAUGAAGCUUAUAGAAAUUUUUCUCUAGCUUAUGAUAUUAAAAAAAUUCGCUUGCGUUCCAAUCAUCCAAGUCUUGGAGUGACACUAAACAGUCUCGGUAAUUAUCAUCAAGCAAUCGAAGAGCAUGCUGAAGCUCUUAAUUGUUACUUGAAAGCAUUACGAUGCAAUAACGAUCAACAUAAUGCAGCAAUCACAAAACUUAAUAUCGGAAACAUUUAUAUGAUCAACGGUCAAUUUGACGAUGCCAUUAAAUUAACCAUCGAAGCACGAGAUAUUCUACAACAAAUUGAACCAUGUGCACAGGUUGAAUUAAUGCAUUGUCAAGGUAUUCUUGGAGACAUUUACUUUGCUCAAAAAGAUUUUGUUGCUGCAGAGCAUUUCUAUCUAACAGUAUUCGAACUUAGCAAGAAGUAUGUAUUUAUCGGUGCGCGAGAACGAAAAAAUUGUGUGAAAGCACUCGUUCAUUUAUAUGAAGAGAAAGACAAUAAUCACAAGGCAAUUAACUUUUGUCUCGAGCAAAUUACUUUGCAUGAACAACUUCUUGGAGAAAACCACUCAAGUAUUGCUCAUCUACUCAUGAAAGUAGGGGAACUUUAUAUAAAUGAUGAUCAAAAAAAAUUCCAAGUCCUCAAAAGAGCAUUGCAUAUCUUCGAGAAAAAUGUUCAUCUUGAAUAUGCUACUACGGCAACAUGUUUAAUGAUGGUAGCCAAGUGUUAUGUUCAACAAAACCAACAUGAUAAAGCUUCUAUGAGUUACAUGAGAGCUCUGGAAAUACAACAAAAAAUUUAUCCGCCAAAUCAUUCUAUGAUUAUUGGAACACAAAUAUUAAUUGAUGCACAAGAGAGUAAAGCAAACUAA